UUUGAACGGUUUAACAUCGUAUACAACUCCGUUGACAGUUUGAUCGUUUGCACUAUAAUAUUUCUUUAAUUCAUUCUGUGGAAUUUCUAUCUUUUCUUCUUUUUUGGUAGAGUAUUUUACCUGAAAUGAAGAGUGUUCGUAUCCAAGAGUGCGAAACACGAUUUUACAAUACAUAUAACCUAACAGUAAGUACAAUCUUUCGAAUAGAUUGAUAAAAUUGUUAAAACUGCAUUAAUAACUAAGUUCGCUUACGUUUUGACAUCUGGAAAUGUUAAAGUGUAUACACCGUGAGAUUCUAUUUAGCAGUUUAAUAUUCAUUAUAGUCAUUAUAGCUCCACCACACAGUGUUAACCACUAAGGAACAGCAGACGAAAUACGUGUAAUUGUCCAAUCAAUUUCGACUAUGUAUCCGUAAAAUAUUUGAAAUAAGAAAGUGACUUCUACGUUAUCGUAUCCGACCGUGGAUUGUCUCGAAGAAGCUGCUGUACACAGCUUAUGAUUUUGCUGUAAUGGUGGUGCAAGAAGGAUAGUAAUGGCAAAUAGUGGCGCCAUCUUCGCUAUGUGUAAGACAAAGAGACAGAGAUAGUGUGUGUGGCAAGGACUACCGUGCCACCAACUUUUUCACCGAACUUCGAAUUCCCUGGUAAAUAUUAAUAAAACAUGAUGUGCAUAGAGGUAUCCAACAAGGACAGACUUAUGCAUAUCACGCAGUAAACAGUAAGACUGACGGUGAGUCUCCUCUUAACAUAACAAAUCGAGAGAAAAUUGAUUAAUUACUCACUUCUCGUUAAUAAGUUAUGAAACAUUUGCGAUUGAAGAAUGUAAAAUGGACUUUCCUCUACUUUCACAUAUAGUUUUUGUUAGGAUUUUGUAGUUUUCUAGCUGUGUCCCGAAAUAAUCUCAAAAAAUGAAACAACAAUACGUGUUGUAAAGUAACGGCGCCGCGUGUUUCGGAUGUUGCGCCAGGUGUAUGGAUGCGCGAAAAGAGUGAGACAGCAAGCAUGGUAAAAAGUGUGAUAAACUACAAUGGUUAUCAGUGUGACUCAUCUGCACGUGGUUGAGUUGAUGUUGUGCUGUCUUACUCGCUAUUUCCACUCUGUCAUUGACUAUGAGGGCAACACUGUUCAGCUGACAAUCGUCAGCCAAUCAGAACACAGCAAUUCGCUGUAUGCUUUCAAUUCAUGAAUUGAGAGAUUGCGUUCGCGAAUCUGCCACAGUAGAUGGUGCCACCAGUUGCAGUUACUGGCAGAAUUCACGUACAAGAAACUCUUCAUAAUAACGUACUAUUAGUAUGUAAAUACACGUGUUUAGUAUUCUGUCGGUAAUAUCCGAGUAUUUCCGAUUGUACACGAGUCGGUUCAUUCGCUGUAUGCAAAUUAAUACUGUUGGGAAUCGAUAGUCAUCUGAUCGAUUGUAUACUCAUUUGCCCGCGUAAUAAAAACAAGUGUAAUUAAGAUAAUUUGAAAUUAAUUAUGCCUUCCCGAGGCGAAGACAUUCUAAAGGGCUUCCAAGUAAAUUGGAUGAAUUUACGAGAUGCUGAUAGUGGGAAGAUAUUAUGGCAAGGCAACGAAGACUUAUCCGUACCUGAAGUAGAACACGAAGCGAGAGUUCCCAAAAAAAUUUUAAAAUGUCGAGCAGUUUCUCGUGAGAUUAAUUUCAGUUCGGCCGAACCAAUGGAAAGAUUUAGGUUAGAACAGAAAGUAUUGUUUAAAGGACGGUGUUUAGAGGAAUGGUUUUUCGAGUUUGGUUUUGUUAUACCGAACAGUACGAACACGUGGCAGAGUUUAAUCCAAGCUGCGCCAGAAAGUCAAAUGAUGCCAGCCAAUGUGUUGAAUGGAAACGUGGUAAUAGAGACAAAAUUCUUUGACGACGAUCUGCUGGUCUCCACAAGCAAAGUUCGACUUUUCUACAUCUAACAAUCUCUAUUCUAUUCUGGCAUCAAUAUUAUUUGGGUCCAACAUAUGCAUUUCAAUGCACAAGAUGAAGAUAGAAUAUAGAGACUACAAAAAUUCUAAAAGAAGUUCAUAUUGAACAUAUUACUUUAUGCACCUACUGUGAUAUGCACGUGCUAGAUGUAUUUUCUCACAAGAUUCACUUAACAGAAUGAGUGGCUCAUGUUUGUGACUUUUAAAUAAGCUGAUAAAGACUUACUAUAAUAUUGUUGAAUGUGCACUUUACAGCACAUUGCUUUUUUAUUUACUAAGUAUAUAUGGAUAGUAACUUUUGUACAUAUUGUAAUACACUACACUUCUGUAACAAAGCAAUAUAUGUAUAUAUAUGCAUAAUUAUAAAAUUGUUAUAUUUUAAAA